AUGGUCGAGGAAAAGGAUAGUCCAGAUGACGGCCAUUCGAGAACGCUCGAGGCCAAUUAUCCUCGAAGUCCAGUGUCAGACGAAGAGUCUACGAUCGUCGACGAACACAAUGACCUCGCUCAGGUCCCCACAAAUGCCAGCGCAGUAGCACGUACGCUCUCUGUAGUGCGCACGCGUGAGUCUGGGAAGGAUAUCGGCCCACCGCCGGAUGGGGGCUUCCAAGCCUGGCUCCAGGUCGCUCUGGGACAUAUGAUCAUCUUCAACACCUGGGGCUACAUCAACAGCUUUGGCGUCUUCCAAACGUACUAUACCACGGAGUUGAACCGCUCUCCUUCGGACAUCUCAUGGGUGGGAAGUAUUCAAAUCUUCCUGCUCUUCUUCAUCGGGACGUUUUCUGGGCGCGCGACAGAUGCAGGAUAUUUUCGGUUCACUCUGACUGUCGGAGCCACGCUGGAGGUUUUCAGUAUCUUCAUGACCUCGCUGUGCACUGAAUACUGGCAGCUCUUCCUGGCCCAGGGUCUAGGACAGGGUAUAGGAUGUGGUCUUAUGUUUUGCCCGACGUUGGCAUUGAUCUCCACCUACUUCGUCAAGAAUCGUGGUAUUGCCAUCGGUCUUGUUGCUUCAGGAUCGGCUACCGGCGGUCUGGUCUUCCCAGCAGUCGUUAUGCGCAUGUUACCGGAAGUCGGAUAUGGAUGGACAAUGCGAACGCUAGGCUUCAUCACGAUGGCCACCUUGAUCCCCUGUCUGCUAUUCUUCAAGCAGCGACUACCGCCCCGCACCACCGGGCCGCUCGUGGAGUGGGCCGCGUUCAAGGAGAUGCCCUACCUACUCUUCGCUGUGGGCAUGUUCCUUAAUUUCUGGGGUCUAUACGUUGCCUUCUUCUACAUCGGCAGCUUCAGUCGCAACAUCAUCGGUGUAUCCGAGACAACCUCCAUCUAUCUGCUCAUGAUCAUGAACGGAGUCGGCAUCCUGGGCCGACUGGUGCCCAACCUGCUCGCCGAUCAAUUCACAGGACCGCUGAAUCUGCUGAUCCCCUUCAGCUGUGCGACUGCAAUUGUGGCCUAUUGCUGGCCAGCCGUACACGACAUGCCGAGCCUGUAUGCGUUUGCAGUGUUCUAUGGUCUUUUCGCGGCGGGCAUUCAGUCCUUGUUCCCCGCCACGCUGAGCACGUUGACCACGGACUUGAAGAAGAUCGGUGUGCGAAUGGGCAUGGUGCUCAGUAUUGUGGCAGUGGCAGCUCUUAUUGGAUCGCCUAUUGCAGGUGUCCUGAUCUCGACGGACGGUGGCGAGUACCUUUAUGCGCAGAUGUUCAUGGGCAGUGCGAUCAUCGCAGGCACCGUGGUUUUGAUCGGAGCGCGAGUGACCAAGGUGGGCUCGGGCCUUGCGCGAGUGUAA